AUGAGCGUGUCAGCAGGAGAAGCCAAUCAGGCUUUCCCAGCUUCUCAGGCCAUGUCGGGCCCCGAAGUCGCUGCUCCUCCCUCGGCUCCCUCUCGUUCUCGACCUCAUAGACGCAGAGGUAGAGGUGGGCUUCCAAAUAAUGCAGGCCGACAACAGUCUCGACCUGCCCCUUCAGCACAAAAUCAGUCAUCCGAGCAAUCGCAACCAUUGCAAGCACAGUCAGAUACAGCGCCAGCUUCCAAUCAACCGACCGAUUCGUCUCGCUCACACAGAGGGAACCGAGAUGGGAGAGGGCGACGAGGUCGUGGCAAUGGAGCUCCGCGGCGAGGUCAGAAUCAAAAUGACGGGCAGGAUGGUCUGGCAAAUCAACCAGGAACACAACAGUCUCGUGGGAUGAGAGCGCGGGGGUUUCAGGCCCGGUUGACGAGGCCAGACCAAAAUCCCGAUGAUACUGCGGUGCAAAAUGGAGGAGAAUCAAGCGAGGUGGGACUCAGGGCUGAUGUGCCAGAGUUUGUGCCGGGGAUGCCACUACCUCCGGCCGUGUCAACAUCUUCGAUAUCGACAUUGCCUGCCAAAGGCAAGGGUAAAUCAAAAGCCAAGGCACCGCAGCCGCUACCGAAAGUGAUGACGAAGUCCACCGCCGACAACAUCGCAACGCGGAUUCACGAGGAUAUCGCCCACAACCUUUAUGAAUGCCCGAUCUGUUGCAGUGAGCUUGGCCGCCGCUCUAAAAUAUGGUCGUGUGAACUCUGUUGGACGGUUUUCCACUUGAGCUGCGUCAAAAAGUGGUCCAAAAAUGAGGGUGCAGCGGCCCAGAACUCUGCUAGACAGGAACAAGACGGACAGGACUCCCUGGCACCUCGCGCCUGGCGUUGUCCGGGCUGCAAUCUUUCGCAUGAGGUCUUUCCCUCAACCUAUACCUGCUGGUGUGAGAAGGAUGUCGAUCCUCGGCCGCUUCCUGGUCUGCCCCCACACUCAUGUGGCCAGACAUGCUCUCGGUCUCGCAAGGGUUGUCCUCAUCCUUGCGAUGCCACUUGUCAUGCUGGCCCGUGUGCUCCCUGCACCGCUAUGGGACCCACUCAAGAUUGCUUCUGCGGUCGCAACUCCUCGACUAAAAGAUGCCAGGACACGAACUAUGAUGCUGGGUGGAGCUGCGGCGAGAUAUGUGGCGAUCUUCUGCCGUGCGGCGAGCACACCUGCCCUCUUCCUUGUCACGAGGGUUUGUGUGGCGCCUGUGAGGCCAAGGUGGAUGCCCGUUGCUAUUGUGGCAAAGUCCAGACACAAAUGCUAUGCAGCUCCAAGGAUGACGACCUGGAAAGCCGCACUGUUCAUGAAAACGGCGCAGAAGAAAAGUGGACUGGCUGCUUCGGAUGUGGUGAACCUUGUAAUCGAUCCUUCGACUGCGGUGUGCAUUCAUGCCAGAAAAGCUGCCAUUCCCAGGACGCCCUCCCGACCCAUUGCCCUAGAUCACCCGACGUGGUUAACAAGUGUCCCUGCGGCAAAACACCACUCACCAAAAUUCCGAGAUUUAGUCCUCGGACCUCUUGCGAGGACCCCAUCCCCAACUGCUUGGAACCAUGCGGCAAGACCCUUCCAUGUGGCCACCCUUGCGAUCAGAUCUGCCACACUGGUCCUUGCGGUACCUGUAUGCGCCGCGUCUCGAUUCACUGUCGAUGCGGUCGCAAUACCUCUGUUAGCAUCUGCCACCAAGGCAACACCGAACCACCCCAAUGCUUCCGGGUUUGCAAAUCGACUCUGCACUGUGGCCGCCAUACGUGCACUGAGCGAUGCUGCCCCGGGGAACAAGCCGCAGUUGAUCGUCAGGCUGCGCGGCGCAAACUUAAGCCGCACCUCCGUCCCAUUGACGAGGACAUCGAGGCAGAGCACAUCUGUACGCGAGUCUGUGGUCGAACGCUGAAAUGCGAACGCCACAAAUGUCCGGAACUCUGCCACAAGGGUGUAUGCAACACCUGCCGAGAAGCAAUUUUCGAGGAGAUCUCGUGUAAUUGCGGAAGAUCGAUCCUGUUUCCGCCGCAGCCCUGUGGCACGCAGCCGCCUUCUUGCACUUUCCCAUGCGAGCGGCCCAAGGCCUGUGGCCACCCCCAGACCACGCAUAACUGCCACACGGACCAGGACAACUGUCCUAAGUGCCCGUUCCUGACCGAAAAGCCGUGCCUGUGCGGCAAGCGGGUGUUGAAAAAUGUGCCUUGCUGGCUGACAGACGCGCGCUGUGGUCAGGUCUGCGGCCAGCCCCUCAAGUGCGGUUCCCAUUUCUGUCAGAAGGAUUGCCAUCGGCCGGAGGAAUGCGAGGACGCGACCAAGCCUUGCCAGCAGGCGUGUGGGAAGACCAAGACGCUUUGUGGUCACCCUUGCACCGACCCCUGCCAUGCACCCUACCCAUGCCCCGAAAAGGCACCGUGCUCGUCCAUGCUCACUGUGACAUGUAGCUGUGGACGACUGCGCCAGGAACGGCGCUGCAACGCCGCUAAGGCCGUGGCCUCUAAGGGCCAGUUGCAGCAGCCUCAGCGCCUGCCCUCGCUCACGCCGCUGGCGUGCGACGACGAAUGCUCCCGUCUUGAACGCAACCGCUCUCUGGCGUCUGCUCUCGGCGUCGACAUCAACCAGACAACUACCGCGCAAGCAAUCUCCGCCACCAACCUCCCAUACUCCGCCGAGACCUUGGAUCAAUACAUCACUCUGGCCUCGUCUGCGCCUUUGUCGACAGUCCAGACCUAUGAGUCGAACCUGCAUGCUCUGGCUGCAGACACAUCUGUCCGGUCAUUUCGCUUCCAGCCCGCGAAGCCGAGUCUGCGCGCCUUUGCCCACUCCCUUGCCACAGACUGGGGCUUUGUUACCGAAAGCUAUGACGCGGAACCCCACCGACACGUCUUCGUCCUCAAACCCUUGACAUGGAAGCCUCCGAUUUUUGGACUAGGAAGUGGCUCGUCGAUUGGGAUCGGCGGCAUGAGCGUGCGCGAGUGUGUGAAGCUGCGCGAGCGAGAGCGCACCAAAGAGCGCGAAGCCCAGCGCGUCGCUGCCCUCGAAGCAAAGGCCGCUCGUGAUGCCACCAAGGCGCAAUUAAGCAGCACGGAAGAUGGCUGGGCGCAGGUAGCCUCGCGCACUAAAAAGGCCGGGGCCGACGGAGCCAGCACUACUAGCACUCGCAGCACAACCCCGGUCUCGACUUCUUUGACUGGCGGGUCUAUGUUUGCUGCUCUUGCGGCGGACAGCAGUGCUGCCUCGACGGGCGCGAAGAAGGAACGUCUAGUUCUGCGCUCGGGUGUUGGCGCGGGCAAGUCUUUGCGCUCGCAGCCUGUUGCGGCGGAUGUAGUCGAUAGUUGGGAGGAGGCUGAAGAGAAAGAAGAGCAGAUUGAGCGACAGAAGGAGGAUGUGAGUGAGGAUCUGCACCACCAGGAGGAAAGCGGGUCUGGUCCACAGGGUCCUUAA